CUAAAAGUAAAGUCAAAUUACCUUACAUUAUCUGGAUUUCUUAUCGAAAAACUCUUAGUAAUGAAUCGCAAGGCAAAAUUAAUGAUCUUAAAUCAUCUAGACUCAGAAUCUUAGCUAUUUUGGAUAAAACCAAUGUGAUUCUCCGCCAAAUGAGUAAUGGUGCAAAUGCACAGAAAUUUGAAAACGCAAUGCGUGAUAUAUUAAGAACGGCCCAGCAUGUAUUAGCAAUAGAUGCCUUUGUGAAUGCAUCAACUCUAACCUUUCUUAAAGCUUAUUACGGUGAAAAUAUUCGAGUGAUUGAUAAUAAAUUUCAGCCUCUUAUAGAUAAAACUGUUGAGUAUCUUUAUGAUCCAAAUAGCGGGGCUAAAGCUAUGCGAAUAGGAUAUAAGUUAUUACAGCAAGGCAAGCACGUAGCAUUUGUUCUAACAAGUUGUAGUAUGGCCCGAGCAUUGGUAGAAAAAGCCUCUAAAUUGCCAAAGUCUGAUAAUUCUCACAUCAGAGCCUCCUAUACAAGUAUAGUAGAAGCAGAUAUUUCUUUCAAAAAAACUAAUUACUUUGAAGCGGUUAUAGGCAUUACAAAUAUUACAACUCCGGUUAAUGUCGAAGCAUUUAUCCAGAUGAUAUUUCAAAUUCGUGAUUGUAAAAAGUGUAUACUAUCCUUCUAUUAUCAAAAAAAUUCCAGUGAUCUUUUUCGCCCACCAGGUUAUGAAAAUAUUUGUGCUGAGCUUGAGA